UAUUAAAACAUGCAUACAAACCAAAAGAGCCAAUUCAUCACUUAUUUUGAAGACUCCUUACCUUCUCUAGAAUCAUCAUCUUCUGGAUUAGGAUCCGAAAGCUCUAAGAGUUCAUACAAGAAGGCUAAAAACUUCUGCUUACCUUCUUUCUCUCCCUCAGCUCCUACUGUACCAAAAUAAUUGUUCAAAGAAAGCCCCUGGGAGACCUUCUCCGUUCACUAAAGCCCAAAGUGAGAACUGAAAGACACCUUCGCACCUAAAACUCACUAUCAACACCAAAAGUGCUAAAAAUUCCUGCAAAUCUCAACUGUGAGCUGAGGAGUACCUUUACAUCCUCCCGCAAAAAUCCAUUCACUCUCUUGAGAACAAAUUAAAUGACUUCCUCACUUGUGAAGGAGUCAAGCAAAUUCAUUUACAAGCAGCCUUCGAGCAAGUCCGAGGGUUCUAAGAUUAAUCUAUCCAUAAUACUAAUGCUUGAAGCUGCCGUCAGCAAUCAGUGUAUCCAUAUACUCCCUCGUCACAUGAUUCAAAGGAUACUAGGACUCAAGACCUGGUAUUAUCUUUGUGUUAAAAAUAUUGUGCAGGCUUCUAAUUACAUUAAUCUUAAUAAUACAUUACUAAAUGAUUUAACCUAAGCUUUGGCUUGUAAUUAUACAAAUUUUAAGUUGAACCUAUUUAUUAUUUCUACGCCUUGCUCACAAUUAACUAUACCAAAUACUUUACCUGAAAUUACUGGCACUGAUAUCUAGGCAUGUAUUAGUAUCUAGAGCCCAUGAUACAGCCAGGAUGUAUCAUCAGAUCUAACUACUAAAUACCUUCCUUUAUGAGCAGAAGUUUAGUGAAGGUAUUUAGCAUAAUUAAUUAUGAAUCACAGAGAUGAGGUCAUGGAAUCUAGAUUUGAUUAUAUGGAAUAUUUUAUUUGCUGGAUUGUUCUGAGAUUCAGAGCUCAAUACCUGAUAGAGAGACCUUGAUAUGUGUAAAUACACAAAAAUGCAGUCACUGGUUCUUCAUUAUCAGAAUCAACACCGAAUUUUUGGGUGUAAUUGAUAUUUCUUAGUUAAUAAACUCCACAUAAUUUCUUUGAAUUCUGAUCAUGGUGAUUUUUAAGCCUAUUUUAUUCCAAAGAGGAGCAUAAAGAGAUCUAAAAUAUAUGUAUGAUUCUCAAGCUAGAUUCUAAAUUAGCAUAAUUCUGAGAUUUGAUGAUCUUCUAAACUCCUGUGACAUCCUAUAAAGUCUGGUUUAAAUUCUCUCCUCCAUUUUUGUGUACAACAUAACUUGUAACAGCUUAUGUUUACAGGAUCCAUCUGGGAGGGCCAAGAUAUCACUUUGACUUAAUUUACAAGAAUUAUUAUAGUUCUAAAAAUUUAUGAAGGCUUUAGCAAUUUUGGGUUCUAGAUUGAGUUUUUAUGAAGAUAAUUUUAACAUGUCAGCAGUCAAGUUUUAAUGAAGAGAGCUCAAUAAGAAGCUGGUACAACUCUUAGUCACAGUACUACAUUAUUCUUGAAGCUUACUAUAAUUCUGAUUAAGUUAGGCGUAAGUAAAUUUGAGCAGAGGCUGAGAAUAAUAAGGUUUAUGGGGAAGCUACUCUAUUCAGUAUCCUGCAUCUAAAAUUUUGUAUAGAGUCUAUUCCUUUUUGUAUCUAAAAAUUUCUUCUUUAUUUCUGACUCUUAGAUCUUUCCAGAUGAGUGAAUUCU